AUGACCAACGUGUACUCGCUGGACGGGCUGCUGGUGUUCGGGCUGCUCCUGGUCUGUACCUGCGCCUACCUGAGGAAGGUGCCGCGGCUGCGCUCCUGGCUGCUGUCCGAGAGGAGGGGGCUCUGGGGGCUGGGGACAGGGGCUGCCGUGAUCGGGACCCGCCUGCACGUGGCCGUGUCCGUGUCCUGCCUGCUCAUGGCCUUCUACGUCCUGCUGGGGAAGUGACCCCAGGGACCCCCCUGAGACCUGGCACCGACCCUGGGGACCCCCAGAGACCCUGCUGAGACCUGGCACCGACCCUGGGGACCCACCUGAGACCUGGCACUGACCCCAGAGACCCCUGGGGACCCUCCUGGGACCCCCCUGGGACCUGGCACCGACCCUGGGGACCCACCUGAGACCUGGCACUGACCCCAGAGACCCCCAGGGCCCCCCCCUAGGACCUGGCACUGACCCCAGAGACCCCUGGGACUGACCCCAAUGCUCUGGUACCAACCUGAGACACCAGGACUGACCCUGAGACCCCAGGGCAGAGCCCCCAGUGCUGAUCCUGGGAUCCCAAAUGUAGAGACCCCCAGGACAGAGCCCAGGACCAACCAGAGACCCCUGCCCUGACCCUGGAAACCUCUGAGAGCCCAGGACCGACCUGAGCCCCCCUAUCCUGACCCCAGAGCCCUCCAGUACCAACCCCAGAGCCCCCAGUACCAACCCCAGAGCCCCCAGUACCAACCCCAGCCAUCCCAGUACCAACCCCAGAGCCCCCAGUACCAACCCCAGAGCCCCCAGUACCAACCCCAGAGCCUCCAGUACCAACCCCAGACCCCCGAGUACCAACCCCAGAGCCCCCAGUACCAACCCCAGACCAUCCCAGUACCAACCCCAGAGCCCCCAGUACCAACCCCAGACUUCCCAGUACCAACCCCAGCCCAGGACCACCAUGACCCCCCUCCACUCCCCCAGGGCAGCCCCGGGGGAGGUCACUGGGGCCCCUUGAAACCCUUGGGAAAGGAUUUAUUGGGAAUUCUCUGGAGCAGGGGGUGGGGGGGGUUUCCAGCUGUGCCCCCUGAGCAUCAAACUGUGCCCUGUGGGACCACGGGGGGCUGGGGCCCCCCCCUCUUCAGGGGGCUGUGCCCUCACCCCUGGAAUUGGGGGCCCUCAGGGGGUCUCCCCUCUGUCCUGGCGGGAAAAUGACCCCCCCCCCAAGUUGUAAAUACCACGUGUAAAUAAAGUGGGGUCUCCCCUGGGGGCA